AUGUCUCUUGACCCGCAUCAGCAUCAUACACACGAACAACAACAACUCAAGGAACGAAUUGCAUCCCUCCCAUCUCCUCCAAAGUCUGCCCAGCAUGUCUCCGGUCUCGACAGCACGUCGUCCAGCAUCUCUCGGGACCUUGGCAAGGUCUCACAGUCGCAGGAGAUCAAACGCGACAAGGGCAAAUCUCGCGAGACUGACCCAACAGAGGUUGCUGACUCUUCGACCGUAGUUCGUGUUACUGAUCCAGAAAUCGCCGAGGAUGUUCUUGCAGGAGCAAAUGGUGCCGCCAACACAUCUGCACGCUCAUCUACGGCCAUGGAUAUCGCGCAGAUGGCGCCAGAGUUGCUCAUGCGCAUCUUUGCAUUCUUGGACCCCGUAUCGCUCUCGCGUGCAGUCGCUGUGUGCCGUCCUUGGGCAUCGAUCGCACGCGACGACGCAACAUGGCGAGCCGCAUUUGCGGCAUACUUCAGCCUCGAAGCUGCACAGGCUCAUCGUGCCGCAUCUCUCGAGGUUUCCGCCACACCUGCGCUCCGACGCCUCGCCAACGCUUCCUGGCGACAAGAGUUCCAGCAACGCGUUGAUCUGCUUAGACAGUGGCGCAAGUCUCGUACACCAACCGUGCUCUCAACGCCGCGCAUCGACAUCAUCAAGAAGAUCUCGCUUUCUAAGCAGCAUCGCCUGCUCAUAUCUGCCACGGACACCUAUGGCGUCGCUUCACGCUCUAAUCCAUGGACUGGCAAAGUGAUCAAGGGUUACCUGGACGCCGAAGGCACAGCCAAUGGCAACCCAAACCUCGAAUUCAGUCCCAACGUCUCUGCCCUCAAUACCAGCUCUGAUGCCUCUAACAUCUUUUGGGGUUUCCGUUCGGGCGAGAUCGGCAUGACCACCAUGUCCAGGCAAGGCACCAAUCCUCGUGGUCUCAUCAGGAGUAUUCGCUUCACGCCUCGUGCUUCGCAUGCAGGUCCCGUAACGGCCAUUGCCAUUCCUUUCGCCAGCGAUAGCGACGGUGCCCACGGUCCUGGACGUAGUCCAGAGCGUCUGCGACAGGCCAUUACCACGCUCGGAGGCGUCGCUUCGACCUUUGUCACUGCCGGCUUUGACGGCACAGUACGCAUGUGGUCUUCACUUCGCAGCUGGCCUCUUUGGAUCGCCAGCACAUCGACAAAGACGUCCAUCUCCAAUGCCAUCUCAUCCAACACGCAGGUUGAGAAGGAUGCAUCGGCCGCUGCACCCAUCUGUGCCCUCGCUUAUGACGCCAAGAAUGGUGUCGUCGCAGCGGGUAGCACCACCGGCAAGGUCUUCGUCUGGACCAAGAUCGAUGUUGCAGCGCUUCUUCGCAUCCCUCCUGAGGCUACCGAUCCAGAGCAUCUUCGAAAUAAUCCUCCCGAGCCAGACACACUCGAGGCUCAGGCGCUAUAUGCUCGACUUUCACAGUCCACUCGCUCCACGACCAUCGAUCUGCCUCCUGGUUCCAGCACUGAGGUUGCAAUUACCUCGGUAUACAUCGAUGCUUCGUCUUCUGCCACUGCGAAAGGCACCGACACAGUAGCUAACGCGGAGGAGUGCUCGCUUCUCGUGCAUCACUCAGGCGCAAGGGUGCUGCUGCGACAUCGCAUCUUUCAAGAGGCCUCAAUUUUUGUUGAGACAACCGUGCUCGGCGCGGCAGUAAUGGACGAGAUCACUGCCAUUCGACCCGACUUUGAGCCUCGCUUGCCAAAGCGCGAUGCUCGGUCAUCAGCUGCUCAAAGCCCAUCUACGAGCGUGUACUCCUCGCCAACGCUUGCACCAACACGACCGAACCUAUCCGGGGCUAACACUGCUCUACACCCACAAGCCCCGACGCUCGUUCUUGGUCCGGACCCAUUCGAGAGUUACGACGGCUCCGGUCAGUAUCCUGAGCGCAAGUAUGUUUGCGUCGGCACCAAAGCUGGAUCUCUAUUUCUUUUCGACUGGGAGAGUGCAGGUACGGCCUUCGAGGAAGCGACGCAGGAGGAAUGGCAAGGUCACAGUCCACCACGCUUCCGAGGCGAGAAGCAGCUGCUUCCUUCCAUCGGCUGGGAAGCCCAUCACACCACUGUUACCGCGCUCGAUGUCACACCCUUGCACAUCUUUGUUGGCACCUCAGAUGGGACCAUCAAAGUGUUCGACUCGCUCGCAGGUGAUCUCAUUCGUACCAUCAACGAUCGUACCGCUACACGCCAUCCUGCACGCAUGCUUGCUGCUGGAGAGUUCACCGAGAACGAGGCAGCAAGGUUCCGCGUCACCCAGAUCAUUGCUGACAACGAAUGCCUGGUGGCUAGUAUUGGGCAUCAGACGCUUGCGUUCCGGGCCGAGCCAGUCUUGAGCAAGCGCGCUGCGGCUGCAGGAGGUAAAGCGAAGGGUGGACGGCCCAGACUUGUGGAGAACAAGUAUGCGAUGCAAGUUGAGCUCAAGCGUGACUUACGCGACUCAAAGGCAGAGCUGGAGGCCGAGAAUGAGGAGAGGCAGACUGAGUACAGCAAGAUUCGUAACAGACAUGGCUUCGAGCCCGAAGGCUUGAGCGAGCAAGAGGCGCUAGAAUAUGCACUGAUGCUAUCGCGCGAUGAGGAAGCAGCUACGGCGACGAACAAGGCUCGACACAUGGGCGCAAGUGGGUACGUACCGGGCUGCCACGCUUCCAGCAGCAGGAAGCAGAUCGAAGUACCGGAAGCCGUUGUUGACGACCCCGAACUAGCCGAUGCAUUGGAGCAAAUCGCUUUAGCCGAAUCCAAAGCCGAAGUAGAAGAACAGUAUCGUCAGGCACGCCAACCUCCUUCCUCCUUCUACGAUCGGCCUUCCCAAGGCAGUAGGCGAGGCAGCUCUUCUGCAUCCUCUUCAUUCAAGACUACCGGUGGUGAGAAGUAUCGCAUGUUAGAGGAUCAAGGUUUUGGCUCAAACGACGAUCUAGAUGAAGAAGACCUGCACGGACUUGAAAUGCACGAAUACACGAGACCUUCUCCGUCACCUUCGCCAUCCGCUUCACCAUGCAUGUCAGGUCUCUCCUCCCCGCCCACCUCCCGCGCUUGGACCAUUCUUAACCAGGCUGGGUCAAGCGCUACCACCCCAGCUCAUUCCUCGGAUAGGUGGGGGAAGAAUUCGAAAGUGCGAACGGUGAAUGUUCCUCGCAGUGCAAGGUUGUCCUCACCUACGCCAGCCGAGGCUGCUUCUAUCUCGUCAAGUCUAAGCAGCAUCGUGGGGGAGAGCCUUGGUGCUGGGACAAGGCUGUCACCACCAGAACUGAGCUCGCCACGUGACUUCCCAGCUAUGGGCUCUUUGCAUCCUGCUUCCAUGUCUGCUUCUCCGCAUCACGGGUCUUUUUCCACAGCGAUGAAUGAAGGACAGAUGCCGCCGCUGUUCCGUAGAACUAGUUCCGCGUUUGGUGCAAGUCCGAUGUUGUCGCCGCUUGGAACAGCAGGGAUGGGUAAGUGGAGUAGAAGCCCGAAUCUUCGUCCUGUUCCCUCACCUUCGCCACCUGCUCCGAGUGCAGUGCGAACACCGCAAAGGCAAACCGCUUGGACGUCGAGAUCCCCUUCUUUCACCUCUCCACCAGCAGCAGGAGGGCAGAAUUCAGCACCUUCGUUGCUAGCUGCGUCUCUAAGGUCUACUCCAGCACAAACGGAUGUUGCGCGAGAUAAAGGCAAGUUGCCAGUUCGUCAACCUGCCAUCGACCGUGCCGAAGAAGAAAUGGAUGACGAUCUCAAAUUUGCUAUUCAACUCAGUCUUGCUGAAGAACGAUCGCGGAACGAGCGAUGA